UGUGGGGAAGAAGAGGMGGCCAUGGCGGCCCUGCGGGGGGAGCGGGGCYGGGGCUGCUUCCCUUGAUGUGGAGCCAGGAAGGGUCAUCUUCAGGGCUUGACUUGGAGUCCCAACCUGUCAGUGAAAAGACUCAGCCAUGGCGGGCAAAAGCAAGAAAUCCAAAGGCGGUGGCGGUGGCAAAGGAAAAGGAAAAGGAAAAGGAAAAGGGAAAGGCAAAGGAAAAGGCAAAGACUCCAAGAAGGGUGGAAAGAAGAAAGGGGAGGUGGAUCUGUUCGGUGAAUCUGCCAUGCUCAACGCUUACUACAUCGCCCACAACGCCUCUGCCUUCCUGGAAUUCCGYGGUUUUCCCUGGCCUGGCUCUAUCAAAAAGAAAGGGAAGAAAAAGCAGUGAGAACAAAGCUCUGCGGUGAAGCCUCUCCUGCGAUUAAACCCGCUCUGAUCUCUGCAGUGGUCAGUGCAAAUGUUUUCCUAAAUCACUGUUGUGUCUGUACAAAGRCACUUUUAUUGCAGCUCAGGGCUGGAGUGACAAUGACAGGGGACAUUGUGGCAUUGUCCUUUCAGCUGUGGCACUUCAGCCUCGGGGGAUGUGUGGAAUUGAGCUCUGUGCCAUGGCAGAGCUG